UGUUCUAUCGUACUGAUUCUUUCCUUGAUGGGCACCGUAAGAUAUAAGAGUCGCACUACCCCGACUUACAGAUGCUCUCUCACAGCCCUUGCCUUUUCGUCCAUUCCUUCCACUUCUAGCGCAAAGCGAAUACAUAUUGCUUCAUAUCUAGUUACAAAGAUGGCAAUAAUCAAGCACCUAAUUCGCUUCGACACUUAUGUGAAGCGGCAUCCGUCCCUCACCGCGGAAGAGUUUCACCAGUAAGCUCGGCUCGAAGUCCAGCUACAAGCCAUAUUGGAAAGCUUGUGCUGACACCGUCGCUCUUUGUCGCUCCCCACAAGCACCUGGACUGCUAGUCACGCUCAGUUGUUGAAGAAUUGGUUGGCACGCCAUGGCGUAUAUCGCUAGAACUUGUAUGUUCUCCAAAGGCUCACGUCAAUUCUCCCACAUUAUUCCAUUACUAAUACCGUUUCUCGACCAGUUCCACACCCCACCAGUCAUGGCCCAGCAGUACCUGGGCCAGACGCCCGCAGACAGCGAUCAGGCAAUGGCAUUAUUUGACGGACACGCGGAGAUUGUGUUAGAGAAUUGGGAAAUUCUGAGCCGCCUGCGUGCAGAUCCCUACUAUCAAGAGGUGCUGGAGCCGAGCGAGGCUAAAUUGAUCGAUAAGGCUUCUGUUGUAAGAAGAGUGGGAUAUGAGGAGGUUUGGAUGUCGGACGGCAAGGAUGCCGACUAAAUCAAGCUCGCCAUCUCCUCUUCCAGACCCUUGUCUCGGGUCAAUCAACCAAGUGUCUUUCAUGUUGCAUGGUAGUUUAAAGGAUACCAUCCUAUCAUCCAGUAUGUGAUAUUCCGGGAUAGGUGUAGAUUGUCUCACCCUAAGAAGCACACUUAAACUUAGCUGGCAUAGUACUUCG